CGCGGCGCGCCGGCUCUUUUCCCGUCGUCUCGCUGUGUCACUGUUCCGCGCUCUCUCCCUUCGGCAGCCUAAGUUCAGUUGCCCGCUCCUGCUUUAGUCGCUGCCGGCCAGGCCCGAUGGAGUACCUCAUCGGCAUUCAAGGGCCCGACUUCGUGCUGGUGGCUGCUGACACCAUCGCCGCCUCCAGCGUCGUCCAGAUGAAGCGCGAUCAUGACAAGAUGUUCAAGAUGAGUGAGAAAAUCUUGCUUCUAUGUGUUGGGGAGGCUGGGGACACUGUCCAGUUUGCAGAGUAUAUCCAGAAAAAUGUUCAGCUCUACAAGAUGAGGAAUGGGUAUGAAUUGUCUCCGACUGCAGCUGCCAAUUUCACACGCCGAAAUCUGGCUGACUAUCUGCGGAGUAGAACUCCUUAUCAUGUCAACCUCCUGCUGGCAGGCUUUGAUGAGCAAGAUGGGCCUGCCCUAUACUACAUGGAUUACCUUGCCUCUUUGGCUAAAGCUCCCUUUGCAGCCCACGGUUAUGGGGCCUUCUUGACACUCAGCAUUCUUGAUCGCUACUAUAGACCAGGUAUCACCCGUGAAGAAGCAUUGGAGAUUCUCAAGAAAUGUCUUGAGGAGCUUCAGAAACGCUUCAUCCUGAACUUGCCUUCAUUCAAUGCUCGAUUCAUCGAUAAAGAUGGCAUCCACGAUGUAACUAAUAUACCACUCUUGACAGCAGAGGCCUAAAUGCCCAAACUUUCCUCUUCCUGCCUCCAUUUGGCUUUUUUUU